AUGGGUUCUCCAUCAUUAUCAUCCAGAGAAGCGACAAAGUCAACAGCCGUCUCCUCCCGAGGAAAAGAAACCCACGUCGUCAAGGUCGGAGCAAGAGAAGAUCCCCAUCAGUUCGACCCUCACACGGUCGUCGCCGCUCCCGGGGAUGUCAUCUCGUUCGAGUUCUAUCCGCGCAAUCACUCCGUCGUCAGGGCCGAUUAUAAAGCGCCCUGUGUGCCUUCCAAAGAUGGACUGUUCUAUUCGGGCGCGUUUGAUAAGUUUAACGAGGUCGAUGGACAUCUACAGGGGGGUCCUCCGACAUGGGAAUUGACCAUCAAUGACACCGAGCCCAUCUUCUACUACUGCACCGCCAUCGACUCCUGCAUCAAAAAUGGCAUGGUCGGCGCCAUCAACCCGAAUAAAUCCAUGACAUGGGAAACCCAAAACGAAAAAGCCAAAUCCUACCCCUACAUGCUCGUCCCAGGCGAGCCCAUGCCCGCCGAAGGAGACCUCCCCCCUUCCUCCUCCUCCUCGCCCUCCCCCGACGCCGCCACCUCCCACGCCGUCCUCAGCAAAGGCGCCAUAGCAGGCAUCGCCGUCGGCGCCGCCGCCUUCGUCAUAAUCCUCAUUGCCCUCUUCUUCGUCCUCGGCCGUCUCGGCGUCUACCGCCAGUGGAUGCGCUCGUCAGCCGUCGGCGACGACCGCGCCGAGCGAACCGCCCGCUGGGCCUUCUUCCACGGCGGCCCGACCACGCAGUCUGCGGCGACUCGCUCGAACGGGAAGAGCGAGCCCCUGUCAUCUGCUUCGCCGAUGGGUCCCCACGGCGGUGCGGGCGGUGCACCGGAGUAUCAGCCUGUGCCUAUGGGGAGUCCUGAGAUGGGCCAUGGCGGUUGGUCUGGGCAUACGUCUAUGCACGGGAUGCAGAUGCCGAUGCAUCCGCAGAGUCCGCCUCCGCAUUGGAGCUGGGAGGGCAGCCAGUUCGGUCAGAUGCAGCAGGUGCAGCAGGUGCAGCAGGGGGUACAUGUUGUUCCGAUGAGGGAGCCGAUGGAGUUGGAGGGGAAUCGGCCGGGAGAGAGAUGA